UCUUAGAAGAGGAAAAACCUUGUAAUAAAUUGAGUGAAUGAACCCUGUGGAUGUAUCUGCUGUUUCUCACCUUUCUUCUUGGACAAGCCCCAGGAAUGUCUAACCUGUUGUUGAGAAAGGAGACAGCACGAGAGUCACACACUCCUGACAUUAUACGUGGACUUUUCUUUGCCUUUCGUAUCAAGUCUUAGGAAAGCGAGGUUAUGUGCCUCUCGUGUGGUGCCCCCACGUCCUCUGAUCUUGCCUCUUUCUUGUUCUCCCUCUGCCCCCCACUGAGUUUUAUGGCUUCAUCCUUCCCCUGCAUUCGGCCGGGCUCCAUUCAGAUGCUCUCCUUAUAGGACAUUCUUCACCUGCCUGACUACCUUGAAGGUUCCUCCAGCCCCAGCACUGAGCCGAGUGUUCUUCACAUACGUCGUCUCGUGCGAAAACAAGUGGUCCUCACAGCUUUAAAGAAUCUGAAGCAUGGAGCCAAGUACCUGUAAGAUCAGUGAGUCGGAGGACGAGUGCCUUGAAGAAGAGGAAUCUGAGGAGGAGCGUGAUCAGGGGGAAGUUACCAUCCCUUGUAACCCUUCUCAGCAGACACUCUCAAAGACUGACUGUCAAGCAUUUGGCAAUGGAGUUCCCUUGUCCAUUGUAGCCACAAAAAUUCCGGAAAGACUUGUAGCCCCCGCUGACUUAGAUGACUUAGAAGUUGGGAGGAGAAAGAGAAGGCGGAAGUGCAGACCCCUGGCCAUCAACCUGACCAACUGCAAGUAUGAGAGUGUGCGUCGGGCAGCCCAAAUGUGUGGCCUGAAGGAGGUGGGGGAGGAAGAAGAAUGGAUUGUGUACUGGACAGACUGCUCUGUCUCUUUGGAACGAGUCAUGGACAUGAAGCGGUUUCAGAAAAUCAACCAUUUCCCUGGCAUGACGGAAAUCUGCCGGAAGGACCUGCUGGCCCGGAACCUCACCCGUAUGCAGAAGCUCUACCCGCGGGACUACAACAUCUUCCCGCGCACCUGGUGCCUCCCCGCAGACUAUGGGGACUUCCAGUCCUAUGGUCGCCAGCGGAAAACCCGCGCCUAUAUCUGCAAGCCAGACAGUGGCUGUCAGGGGCGCGGCAUCUUCAUCACCCGCAAUCCCCGGGACAUCAAGCCCGGAGAGCACAUGAUCUGCCAGCAGUACAUCUCCAAGCCCUUCCUCAUUGACGGCUUUAAGUUCGACAUGCGAAUUUAUGUCCUGAUCACAUCCUGUGACCCUCUUCGGAUCUUCAUGUAUGAGGAGGGUCUGGCCCGCUUUGCCACCAUGCCCUACGUGGAGCCCACUUGCAACAACCUGCAGGAGGUCUGCAUGCACCUGACCAACUAUGCGAUCAACAAACACAAUGAGAAUUUUGUCCGGGAUGAUACCGUGGGCAGUAAGAGGAAGCUGUCGACGCUCAAUGCCUGGCUGCAAGAACACAGCUACAACCACCGCGAGAUAUGGGUGGGCAUUGAGGACAUCGUCAUCAAAACCAUCAUCUCCGCCCACUCUGUCCUUCGCCACAACUACCGAACCUGCUUCCCCCAACAUCUGAGUGGAGGCAUUUGUGCCUGUUUUGAGAUCCUUGGUUUUGACAUCUUGCUGGACCACAAGCUGAAGCCCUGGCUGUUGGAGGUAAACCACUCGCCAAGCUUCACCACUGACUCACAGCUGGAUAGAGAAGUGAAGGAUGCACUCCUCUGUGAUGCCAUGACCCUUGUAAACCUCCGGGGCUGUGACAAAAGGAAGGUGAUGGAGGAAGACAAGCGGCGAGUCAAAGAACGGCUUUUCCAGUGCCACCAACAGCCGCGAGAAGCCAGGCGAGAACAAACCGAGUCGUCCCACACAGCCCUGCUGGACCAGGAACGCUAUGAGGAUUCUCACCUGGGCGGGUACCGGCGCAUCUACCCUGGGCCCAACACAGAGAAGUACGCGCCCUUCUUCAAGAACAAUGGCUCCCUCUUCCAGGAGACUGCUGCUUCUAAGGCCAGAGAGGAGUGCGCCAGGCAGCAACUGGAAGAGAUCCGCCUCAAGCAGGAACAGGAGACCUCAGGCAUCAAGAGGCGGAAGGAAAACAAGGAGCAGAACCAGGGGGAGUCAGCAGGGGAGAAGAGCCGAUCCAGGCCCAGGCUCCGGGACUUUGCCACCCACUUGGCCUUCAGGAACCGGAAACUGGGGAAAGAGCUGCUCCCGGGACACCUGGACAGCAUGCGGCCGCAAGCGAUCGUGGAAAAGGAGGAGCUGGAGAGGAUGAAGGCCCUGCUGCAGAGGGAGAACCUCAUCCGGAGCUUGGGUAUUGUAGAGCAAAUCACCCGCCUGCUGCACCCCAGCCACUGGGGCCAGAAAGCACCUUACGAAUAUCGGCCUCGAUUUCACCAGGAUGGGCUGGGCAGUCCAGAACUGCUGUCUGAGAGUCUGUUCCCAUUGGCCCUCCUGAGAGGGGCCGCCGACGUGCAGGGCCCUCUUCAUUUCCUACGUCCAGUUCAGCCCCACGAAUUGACCCUCAGGAUCUUAGGGCCAGUGCCAAGCAUGAAUGCUGCAUUUCCGCGUCACUCCCGGUGCCAGCCACAGCCCCGGAACUUCAACUGGAUAAGAAAUCCAGCCGACUUCAGCCCCUGUUCACUGUCAAUGAAGAAAUCUGGAAGGUGCUGUUUUCCCAGUGCCAGAGUCAGGCUCACGAGCCAAGGCCAAGCCAUCAGGAGGCUAGAAGCCAUAAACCGAGCCCUGGCAGGGUCAGUGCCACCCUCUCUAACCCCAAAGCAGAGCUGUUUUCUGCAACCGGAAAGAGUGGUAAGUGGCCCACAGACUGAAUGCACCUUGUCCGACAUGGUAAACUCUGGACACAGAGCAGCCAAGACCUGGGGCCUCUGCCCUAACUCCGCCCCCCUGAUGCAGAGUACCACCCCACUUCUGGACAUGAGCCACCACGCAUAAGUGCAGGAAGAAGCCUAGCGCUCAACCUCUG